CCUGGUGUCAGGCUCAUCGCGCGUAAUGGAACCAUCGGUCGGUCAUUGGAAACGUAAUGGCUGACUUGUUAAUUACUGGAUGAGAAUUCUUGGCUAAUCAUGAAAUACUGCUCGCCAUAAGGAACUUGUGGCGCAUAUCUGUAUACGUGUUUUCAUUCAUGUUCGUUGUACUGACGUGAUAAUGGAAUCUGGUGGAUAUUGUAAUGCCUAGGGAAAGUGACAAUUCUGAUACGACGUAGAUGCCAGAAGAUGUUUGAAAAUACAAUGGCACACUUCGUCAUUAUUAUUGUUGUCCAUUGCGAGGACAGAAAAUUAUGAAAUUCUAAGGAGACCCUCUACGUUCACCGGUAUAUUUUCCCACGGCAAAGGAGAGUGGGUCCUCGAUAAUGAAGCCGAUCAACUUGCGCUGAAUAUUUCAUGAAAAUGCGACCUCGUCACGCCAUUUAUUAUCAUUCGAUGUGCAUCAGGAAUCCUGGAAUGGCAGAAAAUUUUUAAUCAGUUUUUAGACUAAUUUUAUAUAUACAUAAAAAAGAAUGGCUAGUGAACUAUGAUUUUUGCCAGUUACAAAGAAUACUGAUGAGUCAAUACUAAUUUUCGUGACAUCCGGGAUAGAACUCAAGGCAAAUUUUUUCCCAAGAUCAGAAGACACUAGCGAUGAUGAGCUGUUCGUUUGGAGGCAACUUUUGAAUUGGACGGUUACGAAAGUACAAUUGGUGUUGACCUCGAUCUUCAAGCUACAGUACAGCACUCCCAUGGCGAUUCAAGAUGCCAGAAGAUGUCGGCAACGCAUGUUACAGUAAUAAGGGCGUAGGAGCAAGAAAACUAAACAAUAAAUCUCAAGUGCGGACAUAAAGCUAGACAUCGUGCUAAUUGUUCAAUGGCGUAAUUCCAGAAGGUGGAAAAGGAUAAAGAAGAAAGAAUUUUAAGAAGGAAGAAAAAGUAAACGAUUGAGUCCAAUGGUUCAGGCACCGCCUUGUCAAAAGUUUUUUUAUCUAAGGUGGAAAGGAGGAAGACAUAGGCAAGACUUGCCUAAUGGGAAGUCGCGCUUUUACGUAUCACGAAUGACACUUUCUUUUGGCACUCCCUUCUCGGUAAUUCAAUGGAAAGUGCCAUAUUUUUCUACGAUAAGCCACGCCCACGUGUUCAAAGUUGUGUGUGAUGAUCUUCGCGAAAGUCAUACGUACGAUUAGACAUUUUUCCGGGUCUGACUUCCUAAGAUGAGGACUUCCGACCCUUUGCAAGUAGCAAGGGUAUCAAAUGACGUAACGAAACGUUACGUCUCUCGUACGUUCUCCUGGUGCCCCUACCUGGGCUACCACAUCCUCCCAGAAUGCAGAUGUUCUCCGUCCCAUCUCUAGCUCCUCUUCGACGACCCGUUCUCCGCCAGGACCACAGUCGCAUCCCCGAGUUUCAUUGAGACGGUACAUCAAAGGAAAAAUAAGUCAUCGUCCGAGUCGUGAAAGUGAAAAUACACUUUGCCAUCUCGAAUCGCAUCUAAGUGGACGUCAUGCCUAUUUACAAGACCUCGCUGGUCAUCGCUUUGGCCGCGAUAUUUUGGAGCUGCAGUUUGGCUCUUCAGCGACCACCACCACGAUACUCUCAACAGUACAUGCCGGACACUUCCUUCACCUGCCGGAAUAAGAUCGUCGGAAGUUACUACGCCGAUCCGGAAACCGACUGUCAGCUUUUCCACGUCUGUGUUUCGGUAGCAGGUAGCAUCCAAGAUUACAGAUUCCUCUGCCCAAAUGACACCGCCUUUGAUCAAGAGAGCCAGACGUGUGCUGAUUGGUACGACGUGGAUUGCGAGGCUGCCACCCUCUACUACGCCAGCGACAACUUUGACCUCUAUAGACUUGGUUCCGGUCUGGAGUCCUUACAUUAUGAUAGCAUUCGCAACGAUGUUGAACCUCAGGAUCAUCUGCAGCGCAGCGAGACCAGUGACGCUGUCCGGUCGUCAGCUAAUAACUUGAACAGAGUAGCAUCCAACAAUGGUUACAGUGGAAAUGCGAAUAGCAAUAGCAAUGCUAAUAAUAACAAGGAGAUAUUCCGUGGAAGCAGCAGCAGCAAUUUUUACAGCAGCAGAAACAACGGCAAGGAGGACGAUUACGACAACGAGAAGGCCUACCGCGAGGAGAAUGUCCAAGAGCCAAGGAAGAAGGUCGGUGUGAGGAAACUUGCCAGGAAACAACAGUACAAUGGUAAUCAAAAUAAUAUAAACAACAACAGCAAUAACAACAAUUACUCUCCUUCGACAACCAUUGCACCACCUUCUGCCGCGCAGAACCCGAGUGGGUUUAAUAAUGGAAAUUAUUACAAUGGGAAUAAUAAUUUUAACAAUCAGAGGGUAACGAACUUUGCUUCUUCGACAACUGCACGCCCCGUUAGUUCACAGGAGAAUUACAACAGGAACCAAAAUACUCCAAAGUACAACACCCCUACGUCUACCAAUAGACCUACGACUAAUUAUCAAGAAACGUACAGCAGUUAUCAAUCCCCAAGUACAACUGUUAGAACGACUGAAUAUAAUAAUUAUAAUGGUAAUGGAUACAACAGUAAUACACAGGGUGCGACUAACUACAAUCAAAGUCCUACUACGACUGUAAGACCCAAUAACUAUAAUAGCAGAAACAACAACAACAAGAAUAAUAAUGAACAAGGAUUCACCAAUCAGUAUAAUCAAUUUAAUCAACAAAGCCAAUCCACUACUAUUCAAUCGAGCACUAAUUAUCAACAGAAUGAUUAUACAAAUUAUCAGCACAGAAAUUACAACAACAUUCAACGUAGCUCUAGUUCCAAUCCCUUUCAAACAACAACAGCAGCUUCUACUUUCUACGAUAACUACAGCAGCGGUAGCAAUUACAACGCCAAUAAUAACGGACAGUACAACAGAGUUAGCAGCUCAACCAUUACCAGGCAAGAACCUGCCCAAACAACAACAAAAUACUUUACUAAUAACUAUGCCGGAAGUAGUUACGUCCCGACAACGUACAGUCCUACAACUAAAAAGUAUUUGAACAACGACAACGUUCAAGCGCAGACUAAAGUCAGAGGUAGUGACCGCUACAACUCACAGUUGACUGACAAUGGUCAGUACUUUGAUAAAACACAAGGAGAAAAAUCCACUCAGUACUACGAUUCUACAAGGGCAACAAAAAAACCUGUGCAGUACAACAACUAUGAUAAUAGUGGAAAAUACUAUGAGAGCAGUACAAGCAACUAUAACAACUAUGACUAUAAUAAAUCUUCUCCUGGUAUUGGCUUCAGUCCAGCUAGCAUCAAUCAUCUUGCUGAAUCUCCCAAGACAACAACACCUGCCCCCAGAAGUCCAGGACCCAGUACUUACAGUCCGAGUACUUUCAGCGCCAAUACACAAAGGCCACAACAAUCCCAAACAACAGCAAGAGGUGCUACAUUUGUUAGUGGAUCUGCCAGGCCUUUCUCUACAACAAAAUCUCUGGAUGCUACAACAGCAAAACCGAAAUCCACUAAAAAGAAUGAUUAUGAUUAUGCCUAUUAUGAUAACGCCGGAACAUUAGAAUAUGAUGGUCUAGAUUUAGAGCAUGUUAAUGAUAAUAAGGAGUCCUCGAAAAUCGCAAGGAAUUAAUCACGUUUUUUCGUAAGUUGUCUUCGAGUUCCUAAGGAAGCUGUACUACUUUGCUAAUAGGUUUCCGAGGAACUUGUAUGUACAAGAAUCGGUCUUUGAUUAGACAAUGGGAAAGGCCAUUGACCAAUCCUCGUGGAAAUUUGGAUUCAUGUUUUCAUACAAUUUACCAUAAGGAAAAGUUUUUGUUUUGUUAGAUAGAUAAACUUUUUUGUAUUAGCCAUCCGUUCAAACUACACACUAGGCAUCAACCUACAGUCAAACUGGAGUAGAGUUUCCAUACGGAUCACACGUUAGGUUGGGGUCCUUGUGACCCCAGAUGACCGUUAAGGGUUAAUAAUAAUAAUUGGACAUGUUUGUUUAUAUUUCUUCGUUUCUCUCGUUUAUCAGUAUUGUAGAUUAUUGGACGAAGAGUUAUUAAUUGACAGGCACAUUUGUGGCGAAAUCUUUUUUAAAUCGUUGAAACUUUCUUAUUUUGUAUAUACCGAAACGUACACAUAAUUAGUAGUUUUUGAUUUCGGUAUUUUUACUGUCUGUACUGAAUGUAUAUAGUAUAAGUAUUUUAAAUAAAAAAGGCAUUAAAUAAA